UUUUUCUUAAACUUGCAGUGUUUGUGGUCGUGAAAAUGACUCUUUCUAUUUUCAGAGAGGGAGAGGCAUUGCAGAUAUGGAGGGUUCCCUUUCCGAAAGUAGAAAUAAUUUUUGGGUGAGAUUGACUUCCUUUGAUAUCUAGCUUCUUUUGCACAGAUCCAAUGGUUGGUUCAAACUUGCUCUUGAAAAUAGUUCUUGUGAAGAACAGAAAGGACUUGCAGAGCAGAGUUUUGAAUAUUAUGUGAAAGCAGAGAAAAACCCAGGAUAGUUAGAAGAUUAGAAGAAGAUGCCAACAGUUUGGUUUUCGCUGAAGAGAUCCCUCCAUUGUAAAUCAGAGCCUUCGGAUGUUCAUGAUCCAAAAGCUAGUGGUCAUUUGCGCACCAUAUUGACAAAAAAAGCUGGUAGGUCUGGCUGUUCAAGGUCCAUUGCGAAUCUAAAAGAUGUUAUCCAUGGGAGUAAGAGACACUUAGAAAAGCCUCCAAGUUGCAGCCCAAGAUCUAUUGGGAGUAGUGAAUUCCUCAACCCAAUAACCCAUGAAGUGAUUCUCAGCAAUUCAAGGUGUGAGCUCAAGAUCACCGGCUUUGGAGGUUUACAUGAAGGCGGCGGCGGCAGUGGUGCUACUGCUGGUGGUGGCGGCGGCGGCAGUGGCUCAACCUUUGUUGGUACCCUUAGACCUGGGACACCUGGUCCAGCAGGGCACCUUAACAUGCACCCUUACAACCCUUCGUUUAGUUGCUCAGCAACCCCUCCAAGGAAGUCUCCAGGUUCUUUCUGUAAUAGAGAAUGCUCUGCAUUUGGGGGUUCUGCUUUUUCUGGUGGAAUUAGUGAUGGUGGCGUCUUUCCUAGGGCUUCUCAUGAGGUUGAUUCUCAUGGCUCCUCUACUGUGACUUGUCAUAGAUGUGGGGAGCAGUUCGGGAAGUGGGAAUCCUUAGAAUCUCAUCAUCUGUCCAAGCAUGCUGUUACUGAACUUGUUGAAGGAGAUUCGUCUAGAAAGAUCGUGGAGAUCAUUUGCCGGGCAAGCUUGUUAAAGUCUGAGAACAACUGUGGGAGGAUUGAGAGGGUUUUGAAGGUCCAUAACAUGCAGAAGACCCUAGCUCGGUUUGAAGAAUACAGGGAGAUGGUGAAAGUCAAAGCCAGCAAACUCCCCAAGAAGCACCCACGUUGCCUGGCUGAUGGGAAUGAGCUUUUGAGAUUCUACGGCACAACUGUAGCAUGCUCUCUGGGAAUGAAUGGCUCUUCCAAUCUUUGUGUUUCCGAGAAAUGCAGCGUUUGUUGGAUUAUAAGACAUGGGUUCUCCACAAAGAAAGAGCUGAAGGGAGGCAUUGGUGUUUUCACAACUUCAACAAGUGGAAGAGCCUUUGAGUGUAUUGAACUCUAUGAAGAACAUCCCUCCUCUGUGAGGAAGGCUUUAAUAGUCUGCAGAGUGAUUGCAGGAAGGGUGCAUAAGCCUUUGGAGAACAUCCAAGAAAUAGCAGGCCAAACAGGGUUUGACUCAUUGGCCGGGAAAGUGGGUCUUUAUUCAAAUAUCGAGGAGCUCUAUUUACUCAACCCUAGAGCUCUCCUCCCUUGCUUUGUCGUAAUCUGCAAAUCCUGAAAGGAAAACAAAAUUUGUGACAAGUCAUAGUUUUUGUAGUCAUAUUUCUUCAUUACUACCCUGUUUCAUGUUUUGAUCUUUCUGGUGCUUCAAUUAUCUGUACAGUCCUUUUCUAAUGCCUCCUUUCAAAGAUGUUGAUUCUUCCUUACCACCUUAAUUUCAUGACUAUUUGUCAAUAGAUAAA